AUGAUCCAGCAUCUCCUUGUCUUGUCAACUGGUCAACAUGUGGGCAAAACGACGGUCAGUCUUGGACUUGUCAAGAGUCUUCAGACGAAAUUUCAAGAUUCGAAGAAACAAGUCGCUUAUUGUAAACCUGUGGGACAGCAACAUGUGGCUGUAGGUGGUGGACUUCGAGUUGAUAAGGAUGCUUUUUUAUUCAAAGAACAUUUUGAACUUAUUCAAGAUUAUAAGGACAUGUCUCCUGUUAUUUUCCCGAAUGGCUUUACACGGGAUUUUAUUGAUGGCAAAGUGACAUCACAGCAGCUCAUGGAUUCCAUUAAAAUGGCACAUUAUAAUUUGUAUGAGCAGAGUGAUUUUCUUAUUUGUGAAGGAACGGGACACACGGGAGUUGGUUCUAUUUGUGAACUUAAUAAUGCACAAGUUGCAGCGGAGCUUGGAAUCGAUACAGUUUGUGUAGCACUAGGUGGACUGGGCUCAUCUUUUGACCAAUUGGCAAUGAACCGGGAGAUGCUAAAACAGAACAACGUUCGGCUACGAGGCGUGAUCCUAAACAAGGUUAACCCGAAAAAGAUGGACAUGAUCAAGGAUUAUUACUCGCGAGCACUGAAACGCUGGGAUGUGCCGCUUAUUGGUUGCAUUCCCGACCUCAAGGACCUGUCGAGCCCGACUAUGGCAGACUACUCCAAAUUGCUCAAGUCUGAAAUCAUUUCCGGAAAGUGUGCUCGAUCCUCCCGCAGAGACGCUAGUCUGCGCUAUUUUAGCAGCACACGACUGGCACUGGCCCCUGUGGAUGGUGCGAACCUCUUCAAGGCCAUCCCAAACCAACUCGUAAUCACGCAUAGUGGCCGACAGGAUGUAAUCGAUGCGAUCAUUGGUAACCAAGAAGUAUCUUCUUACCACGGCGAAAACCUCAAGUCAGGCCUCAUUCUUACCGGUUGGAACCCGCCAAGUGCUGAACUCGCACAACGUCUUGAUGCGGACAACAUCCCGUGCAUCUAUGUUUCACCGGAAAAGGCAGACAGCUACACGAUCACGGCGCAAAUCUCACAGUUUACGGCUAAGAUUCGACGUGACGAUGUUGAACGGAUAGAUUUGGCGGCAAACCAUGUCUCCAAACACUGCGAUUUCAGUUUUCUAGAUGAAUAA